AGGAGGUCGCGAGCGGUGCCUGGGACUGCAGCGCUAGGCGUCUUCGUGGCCGCGCCUUCGGAGCGGGCCCGGGCGCGCAGCAGCGGCGGCCUCGCCCCUCUCGGCCUCUCCCGCUCGCCGCCUCCAGCCAUCGCAGCCAGAGGACCGUCGGCGGCGGCGCGGCCCAGCCGCGGAGGUCGGAGCGGCCGCCCGCUGCCCGGCUCCGGCGCGCCUCCAUGACACUGGGCGCCGGGGGCGCAGGGAGAUGCUGAUCCGGAAGAGGCGAUGGCUGCAGUGCCGCGCGCGCGGCCGCUCCCGGCGCGCCGUCCGGCCUGGACUGCUCUGGCAGAGUUUCUGAUCUAACGCGACCCGGGCCCGGAGCCUGAGCGGCAGCAGCAGCGAGGCGGCGCCGGCAUCGUCCUAACUUGCACGCGCAGAGUGACCCCAGCCAUUUCACUAAAAUGAGCGUGCUUAGCAGGAAGAGAUGUGUUCCUUACGCUAGAAAUUACCCCGUCACAUGUAGCGGUGUCCCAAUUAAUGGAUUCUGACAUGGAUUAUGAAAGGCCAAACGUAGAGACCAUCAAGUGCGUGGUGGUGGGGGACAACGCCGUGGGCAAGACCAGGCUCAUCUGUGCCCGGGCUUGCAAUGCCACCCUCACCCAGUACCAGCUGCUCGCCACCCACGUGCCCACGGUUUGGGCCAUCGACCAGUAUCGGGUGUGCCAGGAAGUGCUGGAACGUUCCCGAGACGUGGUAGACGACGUCAGCGUGUCCCUCCGCCUCUGGGACACCUUUGGAGACCACCACAAAGACCGUCGCUUUGCUUAUGGGAGAUCCGAUGUGGUCGUUCUGUGCUUCUCCAUUGCCAACCCCAACUCCCUCCACCACGUCAAGACCAUGUGGUACCCAGAAAUCAAGCACUUCUGCCCCCGAGCACCUGUCAUCUUGGUGGGCUGCCAGCUGGACCUGCGCUACGCCGACUUGGAGGCUGUCAAUAGGGCCAGGAGACCCUUGGCUAGGCCCAUCAAGCCCAAUGAGAUCCUUCCCCCGGAGAAGGGUCGGGAGGUGGCCAAGGAGCUGGGCAUCCCUUACUACGAGACCAGCGUGGUGGCGCAGUUCGGCAUCAAGGACGUCUUUGACAAUGCCAUCCGGGCAGCACUCAUCUCCCGCCGCCACUUGCAGUUCUGGAAGUCCCAUCUCCGCAAUGUGCAGCGGCCUCUGCUGCAGGCACCUUUCCUGCCCCCCAAGCCGCCUCCCCCCAUCAUCGUGGUGCCCGACCCCCCCUCCAGCAGUGAGGAGUGCCCCGCCCACCUCCUGGAGGACCCGCUGUGCGCGGACGUCAUCCUGGUGCUGCAGGAACGGGUGCGCAUCUUUGCCCACAAGAUCUACCUCUCCACCUCCUCCUCCAAGUUCUACGACCUGUUCCUCAUGGACCUGAGUGAGGGGGAGCUGGGGGGCCCCUCGGGGUCAGGGGGCCCCCGCCCAGAGGACCACCGGGGUCACCCUGAUCAACACCACCACCAUCACCACCACCACCACCAUGGACGGGACUUCCUGCUCCGGGCAGCAAGCUUCGAUGUGUGUGAGAGCGUGGAGGAGGAUGGGGGCUCCGGGCCCGCUGGACUCCGGGCCUCAACCAGCGACGGGAUCUUACGGGGCAAUGGGACAGGGUACCUGCCCGGGAGGGGUCGAGUGCUGUCUUCCUGGAGCCGGGCUUUUGUGAGCAUCCAGGAAGAGAUGGCGGAGGACCCACUGACUUACAAAUCCCAGCUGAUGGUGGUGGUGAAAAUGGACAGCUCCAUCCAGCCGGGGCCCUUCCGGGCUGUUCUCAAGUACCUGUACACAGGGGAGCUGGACGAGAACGAGCGGGACCUCAUGCACAUCGCCCACAUUGCUGAGCUGCUCGAGGUCUUCGAUCUGCGCAUGAUGGUGGCCAACAUUCUCAACAACGAGGCCUUCAUGAACCAGGAGAUCACCAAGGCCUUCCACGUUCGCCGGACCAACCGGGUGAAGGAGUGCUUGGCAAAAGGCACCUUCUCAGAUGUGACCUUCAUCCUGGAUGAUGGCACCAUCAGUGCCCACAAGCCCCUGUUGAUUUCCAGCUGUGACUGGAUGGCUGCCAUGUUUGGGGGGCCGUUUGUGGAGAGUUCCACCAGGGAGGUGGUGUUUCCUUACACGAGCAAGAGCUGCAUGAGGGCCGUGCUGGAAUACCUGUACACUGGCAUGUUCACCUCCAGCCCUGACCUGGACGACAUGAAGCUCAUCAUCCUGGCCAACCGCCUCUGCCUGCCUCACUUAGUUGCCCUCACAGAGCAGUACACAGUGACUGGGCUGAUGGAAGCAACUCAGAUGAUGGUCGACAUCGAUGGGGACGUCCUGGUAUUCUUGGAACUGGCUCAGUUCCACUGUGCGUACCAGCUGGCUGACUGGUGUCUCCACCACAUCUGCACCAACUACAACAACGUGUGUCGCAAGUUCCCCCGAGACAUGAAGGCCAUGUCCCCAGAAAACCAGGAGUAUUUCGAGAAGCACCGGUGGCCGCCCGUCUGGUACCUGAAGGAGGAAGAUCACUACCAGCGGGCCCGGAAGGAGCGUGAGAAGGAGGACUAUCUCCACCUGAAACGGCAGCCCAAGCGGCGCUGGCUGUUCUGGAACAGUCCCUCCUCACCGUCCUCUUCGGCCGCCUCCUCAUCGUCCCCGUCUUCCUCCUCGGCUGUGGUCUGAGAUGCUGCCACCCUCUUCUGACCCUGCUGCUGUUGUCCCCACUUGUCCUUGCCCCUCUCCUCUUCUGCAUCGCCCUCUCCACCUUCCAGGGACAAAGGACUCACAUAACCAGGACCCUACGGGGCGGAGCUGCUCUCACCGGCCAACAUAGCUCAGCAAUGAGAGGAAGGAGCCAGUCCUCGUGGAUCAGAACAGGGGCCCCGGGCAGAGGUCCCAAUUCCACAGCAGGGCAGGAGGCAACUCCUGGGAGGCGGGGAGUGGAACAAGCGCUGAGGGCUGUGGCAUCUUGUCUCUGGGUCAGAGAACCCUAGAGUCAAAGGGAACACUCUCCCGGCCGUGAGGCUGUAUGUCUUCGUCUGCGGAGGCAGCCCCCUCCCAGUGAGCGGCAGCGCGCAGGCAGGGUCCUACCUCUGUUGGCCGUGUGUUUCCAUCCGUGGACUUGGAGGGUUGCACAUACUUUUUGACAUUUCCACGUGGAGCCUACUCACAUCCUCACUGGAGAAGUCAGGGUAGAAAUUAAGCCUUCAGAGCCCAACUCAAGGCUUCCACCCCGGGGGUGCAGCUGCCAGAGGCCACACGUGGAAGGCUGGCCCUCUGCUGGCAUCCCUCCCGGGAGCGUGGGCUCCCAGGCCUGAGAAGGGUGGCAGAGGUUGUUCAGAGCUGCAGGCCUAGAAGCGGCGCCUUCUGGUGCAAUGAGAAACUUCUCUCUCCCCCUCCUUCACUGCUGAGAUUUGGAACUGGAGACCAAAGGAAACAGCUGGAACGGGGGAGAGAAGGAAGGGGCGGAUGGGGCCUGGGUGCAGCAAUCCCCUGCUCCUUUGGGCUCCUCCCCCGGCCUCUGGGUAGCACAGCUUCUCAGGGGGUAGGGUAGAUUUAGCAAAAAACCCCAAACAACAAUGGACAAAAUCACCGCC